UACAAAUGUAACAGUCAGUAGGAGUCGUUAGGACGACGGGGUUCGGGUGGUUGUGUGUGUUUCUGUAUUUUUGUGACGGGUAUGAGGAGAAAUGGGCGAGGAGUCCGCAGUUAAAGUGUGUGUUAGGGUUCGACCCCUUAUAAAACGGGAGGAAGAGGCAGCAGCUACUGAGAAUGCAGAGUCUGUAAAGUUGUACUGGAAAGCUGACAGACAAGCCAUACACCAGAUUGAUGAUGAUGGCAACCUCACUAAAGGUUUUGCUUUUGACCGGGUUUUUAGUGCAGAGGAGACCACCAAUCAACUGUAUCAAGACAUAGCCAAACCACUAGUCGUGUCGACUGUGGAAGGAUACAAUGGCACCAUAUUCACCUAUGGACAGACUUCCUCUGGAAAGACCUUUACGAUGAUGGGCAGUGACCACAUCCCUGGCGUUAUACCCCUUGCCAUGGCAGAUGUGUUUCAAACAAUCAAAAAUUGUCCAAAGAAAGAGUUUCUGCUGCGUGUGAGUUAUAUGGAAAUUUAUAACGAAACCGUAACAGACCUACUCUGCGACAGCUGGAAGAGAAAACCUCUGGAAAUCCGAGAAGGAAAUUACAAAAACGUCUAUGUGGCAGACUUGACAGAGGAGCUAGUAACAUCUCCAGAGCAAGCCCUGGCUUGGAUUCGUAAAGGAGAAAAAAACCGACAUUAUGGAAAAACAAAAAUGAACCAGCGGAGCAGUCGCUCCCACACGAUUUUCCGAAUGAUCUUGGAGAGCAGAGAGAGGAGUGACCCAGCAUCUGGUGAAAAUGCAGAUGGAGCCAUUAUUGUUUCACAUUUGAACUUGGUGGAUCUGGCUGGUUCUGAACGAGCAAGUCAGACAGGAGCUGAAGGGGCUCGUUUUAAGGAAGGAUGUAAUAUCAAUCGCAGUCUGUUUAUCCUGGGACAAGUCAUCAAGAAACUCUCUGAUGAGAGCCAGAAGGGCUUCAUAAAUUACAGAGACAGCAAGCUAACACGUAUCCUCCAAAAUUCGCUGGGGGGCAACGCCAAAACAGUCAUCAUCUGCACAAUAACUCCGGUCACUGUGGAUGAAACCCUGAGUACUUUACAGUUUGCUAGCGCAGCAAAGCGUAUGAAAAACGACCCCCACGUUACAGAAGUCUCGGAUGAUGGUGCUCUUUUGAGAAGAUAUCGUAAUGAGAUUGUGGAUCUCAAGCGCCGUCUUCAGGAGGUUUCUUCCGUCACCAAAACGACUGUGACCGAGAAGGAAACGCUUUGCCAACUUCUACAAGAGAAGGAUCAACUUCAGCGCGAGCAGGCUGAUAGAAUAAGGAACCUAACCAAGUUGUUGGUUACAGCUUCAAAUGUGGUACAGAUCCAAAAGGUUCCCAAGAGAAGAAUGACGUGGGGUGGGAAGCUCCUGAGAUCUGCCCAGUUAGUUGCAGAAGAUGAGGGAUCGGCAGAUAUGAGCUAUGCUGAGCCCUUUUUCAAAAAGAGGAGAGCAGACCUAACUAUAUCUGAGGAAGGAGAAGACAUGGAUGACUUUUACAAUGCCAAUGAAGAUUCCUCUCUUGAUAUUGAGAUGAACCAAAGCAACAUCACUAUGCGUAGUUAUGCAUAUGGCAUGUCCCCUGACUCACCUCAGCUGAUGAAUAAAGUGGAGUCUUUGGAGCGUCAGUUGGAGACGGAGACUCAGGGGAAACAACAGGCUGAAGAAAAGAGUUUGGCUCUGGAACAGAAGAUGGAGGAUCUUGAGAAACAACUACAGAUGCUGGAACAGAAGUUAGAAGUGGAAGUACAGGAGAAACAGAAGUCAGAGGAGAAGUGUUCUGAGCUGAGUCUGAAGGUUGCAGAACUGGAAAAGCCUUCAGAACAGGAGAAGACCAGUAAUACUUGUGAGAAUUGCAAGUACUUUGGAGAAACCCUCCAGUUGUGUGAGACUCUGAACUUUGAGAGGGAAUCAAUAUCUACAGAGCGUGACCUGCUAAAGCAAACCCUCGAGUUGCUUACUGAGGAUAUUGAACGACUCAAACAAGAAAACAAGGCCCUUUGCAAAGACAAAGAGGCGCUGAUCAAAGAUAAAGAAACUCUUUUAAAAGACAUUGAAGAGCAGAACGAUGCUGAUGAGUUUGAAAGGCUGGAGGAAGAGAGCAAAAAAGAUUACGAGAGAGAGUUGGAAGCUGAGAUUUCUACACUGAAACGUGCAUCAAUGAAUGCUGAGGAUUUAGUCCAAAAACUUAAGGCUGAUUUAGAGGCAAUGUCUGUGCAGCUGAAAAAGAAGGAUGAUGUCGUAGCUGAACUUCAGACUAUGAGUGGAAAAGAUCUUGUUCAGGAGGUGACACGACUUCGGCGCUCAUUAGAUGAUGCUGAGGGUCUCAGUUUGGAGACCAAAAAAGAGUGGGCUUUCCUGCGCAGUGAAAACCUCUCUCUAAAAGAGCGAGAUGUGAGUUUGACUGCAGAAUAUGAAAGGAUGGAAAAUCAGGUCAAAUCGUUGCAGAACCAACUUGACCACGAGAAAUCUCGCUUUAAGAAGAUGCAGACUGACCUACAGAAAGAGCUGCUUGGGGCUUUUGACGAGAACACCAAGCUGACUGCCCUGCUGGAUGGAAAAGUUCCAAAAAAUGUUUUGGAUAGCGUCACAUUGGAGAGAACAGUUGCAGACAUAAGGAAGGAGCUUGAGAAGAGCCAGGAGAGUGCACAAGCUCUGCAACAUCAAGUAGAGGGGAUGAAGGCUCUAGAGUUUCUUCCUGCCCAAGUGGAGGAUUUGUCAAGACAAGUGUCUGAGCUCAAUGGGGAACUCUGCUCUGUGCAGGAGGAGAGAGACAGCCUUGUAUCUGCUCAGGCCACAGCCACUGAAGAAAUUCAGAGGCUUAAAGAAGAGGCAGAAAAGGCACAGGAGGGAAUUGUGAAAUUGGGGGCUGUUUUAGCUGAUGUAGAGCUUAAGGAUGCUGAGCUGAGCCAGCAGAACAAAGAAACCUUGGAGCAGCUUGCUGUGAUUCAGGCAGAGAGGGAACACCAAUCAAAGGAAAACAGUAGUCUUGUCAGUGCCCUGGAAGAAGCAAGCCAGAAGGCCACACAGUUGUCUGAAGAACUUGAAUCUCUUCACGGUGAAAGAGAUGGAUUUCUGUCUAAGCAAGCUGAAGACAUGCAGACUUACCAAAAGGAACUGGAGAGUCUUCGCUUGGUUAUGGACUCAACAACUGAAGAAAGAGACCAGCUCCAGGAGAAGCUCCAGACUCUUAAAGAGGAACGAGACCAACUUAAAAUUGACAUGGAGGAAAAUGUGGAGAUGAUGAUUGAAAACCAAGAAGAGCUGAGGACAUCUCUAGAAAAGAGCAAAGCGCAGGAAGACAGGAUACUACAGCUGGAAGCUCAGAUCGCUGAGUUAGGGUCCAAACUCUCAAAUUCAGAUGGCAGUGAGAGCAAGCUUAUUGAGGAGCUGCAAAAUCAGAUGAAGCAGUUACAGGAAGAGCUCCAGUCUGUAAAUGCAGAGAGAGACAAUGUUCUGUCUGAGAAGCCUCUUCACCUAGAAGAGCUGCAGAGGAUGCAGACCCACAUCACUUCUCUAACAGAAGAGAGAGACCAGCUUCAGGAGAUUACGCAGGGGCUGAGAGAGGAGAAGACCCAGCUGAAGAGGGAAAUGGAAGAAAAAGAGGGGAUGAUGAAGCAGUUACAGGAGGAGCUCCAGUCUGUAAAUGCAGAGAGAGACAAUGUUCCGUCUGAGAAGCCUCUUCACCUAGAAGAGCUGCAGAGGAUGCAGACCCACAUCACUUCUCUAACAGAAGAGAGAGACCAGCUUCAGGAGAUUACGCAGGGGCUGAGAGAGGAGAAAGCCCAGCUGAAGAGGGAAAUGGAGGAAAAAGAGGAGAUGAUCAUCUGCUUCCAGUUAAACAAAGAGCAGCUCGCUGAUUCCGAGAACCAGUUUUCUAAUUUAUCCUGUAACAUGACUGAGGAGAAAGAGCCUCAGCUCCAGCAGAUGGAGGACCUCAAGAAGGAGGCUAAACAUCUCACAGAAGAAAAUGCACAGCUAAGAAAGGAGCUUCAGGACAUUUCUCAGAAGUUGGAUGAGCUCACAGCAGCACUCCAAGCUGUGCAAGGCGAGAGGGAUUGUUUGCUCACCACUAAGACGACCCUGAGUGAAGAAAUGAACAGCCUGAAGGAAGAGAUUGAAAAGACCAGAGAGGAUCUUCUCAAAAUGGAGAGUGAACUAGUAGAUUCCCAGCUUAAGGAAGCUCAGCUGAGUGAGCAGCAGACAGAAAACUCUGAGAAGCUUGCGAAGGCCCAGGCAGAGCUGGAGGACUUCUCUGUGGAAAAGAACAGAUUGCUUACUUCUCUGGAAGAGGCCAACCUGAAAGCUGUGCAGUUGGGUGAGGCCCUUGAAUCUCUUCGUCAUGAAAGAGAACAGCUUCUGUCUGAGGAGGUGCAGGAAGCUCCUCAUAAUCCCGAGGAGCUGCAGAUCCUCCGUGAAGCUGUUAAAUCAAUAACUGAGGAGAGAAGCCAGCUCCAGGAGAUUCUUCAGGCUCUCCGUGAAGAGCAUAACCAGCUGAAGAGAGACCUGGAAGAGAGCAAUGACAUGAUGACACAGCUAAGAGAAGACAUGCAGUGUGUUACUGCUGAAAAGGACUGUCUUCUGGCAGAAAAGGCUGAAAGCAACUUGACUAACAUGGAGCUGGAGAGCCUUCAUGCAAAUGUUCUGUCUCUAACUGAAGAGCGGGACCAGCUCCUAGAAGUGCUGCAGGGGCUCCGAGAGGAAAAGAGCAAGCUUAAGGUUGAAUUGGAAGAAAAGGAUGAAAUGAUACAAGAGUUGAAGCAGCUUCAGGCUGCUGAUAAAGCCCGUUUGUUAAUGAAGGAUGCCUCAUGCAGCAUCGCUUCCAAUGACUCUGGCUCAUCCUUUAAUGUGAACGAGGAAGGAGGUCAAUUUCAGGAACUGCUGCAAGGAGUACGAGAGCUCAUCCAAGUCCAGAGCGAGUUAAAACAACAGAAACGACAAGGCUCAGAACAGCUGAGCCCCGGAGAUGCGCAGGAAGCUCAGCUUCAACAGAUGCAGGUCCUCAAAGAGGAAGUGGAGUCUUUGAGGAACGAGAGAACAGUGCUCAGAAAAGAUCUUCAGGAAGCAGCCGAAAUGUCAAAAACCUACCAGGACCUGCUUCACUCCACUAAAGAGGAGCUGAAACAGCAGCAAAAAGAGAAUGCAGAGUUAAUGACCCAGAGUACAGAAAAGGAGUCUCAACUCAGACAACAGCUAAACCAGUUGAGUGAAGAUCUUCUGUCUCUGCGAGGCCUGAAUGACCAACUUCUAUCAGAGAAAUCCUCUGAGACUCAGGAUCUCAACACAGAGCUGCAGAGUCUUCAGACACGCAUUACCUCUCUUGAGAAGGAGAAAGAGACACUUGAUGAAAUGCUUAAGGAGAGUGAAGGAAAGAGACAGCAGUUGGCUGAAGAGCUUGAAAGUCUUGGUGGCAUCAAAGACCAGCUCCUGAAUGAAAAGACGCAUGCAGAACAGCUCCUGGAGGUUCUCAAUGGGGUCAGAGAGGAGCGCAGCCAGCUCAGUCAGGAGCUGCAGGAGAAAGUGGAGAAGCUGGCACACAUUGAGGAGAAAGUACAAGGUCUAGAGAAGCAGAAACUGCAGCUUGAAACUGAAGUCAAUACUUUGAGCCAGUCUCUUCAAGAAGCUAAUGCUCAGACAGAUGUUGCCUCCAAACGAAAAACGCUAAUGUUGGUUUCUGAGAUGGAGACUUCUAAUGAAAAGCUAAAGGCUGCAUUCAUGAAGCUUCAGCGAGUCAUUGAUCGUCCAACGCCAGUAGAUCCUCUUGCAGAUGACAUUAGAAAAGAAUGGCCCUUGUUGCACCAGCUGGUUGCAGUCCUUCCAAAGUCCCAGAGAGCUGUAUGUUCUAGUCUUACUUCCAAAACGAAUCAGCUUCACAGCGUUCUUGGGAAAACUGGGGUGACCUUAAAGACAAUAGCCCAGCGCCACAAGGCUCACUUCAUGGCUCAAAUCCAUCGAGACGUCGCGUCCUUUGAGGAGAGAAGACUGCAAGAUGUGCUUAUCCGGCAAACUCAAGCUCCCUCACGUUCCGUCCAGAUGGUGCGAGAAGAUUUGCAGGAGAUUUGGGACCAGCGACUUUUGGAGUUGUUGGGAAAACGCAAGCAGUGUCUGCAAGAUAUGGACAGCAUUCUGGAGUUCCUGGAAGAUGGUAUAGCCAAGCAUGCAGUCACUCUCUCUGAGGAACAUCAGGCACAGAUCAGUGCCCAUGAGCAGAGCAGAGCGCUGGCCAGACGUGCGGACGAGGCAGCCGUGGUGCAGUUUUUUGAGCGAGAGCUUGUUCGUCGUACAGCAUUGGCUGAUCGUCAGAAAGCUUUCAAUCAACACCUUUUGGACAAAUAUGAUUCGGCAGUGUCUGUCUUGAAGUCCUCGGAGAAUAAGUCUCAGCAUAGCCUAAAAGAGUUGCAGCGAGAAAACCUGGCACUGUUGCCAGGUCAGAACACUGACCCGCCUAAGACUGUGGCUGACCUACUUCAAGACAAGCAGUGCCUCUUGCUUCAGUUGCAGCAGGCGCAAAAACAAAUGGAGAUUGAUCUGCAGACGUUCGUCACACUGACGGAUCCAGACCUAAAAGAACUGGGAAUCACCACAUUUGGAGCACGCAGGAAGAUGCUGCUGGCUAUCUCAGAACUUAAUAAAAGCAGGUGGAAGCUCUUGGAGCCAGCAAACAUCCCCUCUUCCUUUCUGGAUGUCUAAAUGUUUCUAAAAUCAUGAAGAUUUGAUGCAGUAUUAACAGGAAGUCUGUGCAGUUGUAGCAGGAAAAAGCAGAACAGACAUAUUAUCUUUGGUACUCUCGCCGUUUCCGGGCAGGUAUCUGUUUAAAGCACUUUAAAGAAGCUUUACCUGUGGUUCUAUCUGACUUUGUUCUGUGUGUAUGUUGUGUGUAUGUUUUCCUAACCAGUAAGGUUUAGCACUUACUAAGCUUCAGUGUUAAGGCAGAGUUCAUGUCUUAGUCACAGCCAUGUUCUUCAGUCCUCUGCAGACGCGCUCAGUAUUGUAAGGCUGCACUUAUUCAAUUAUUGUAUUACUUUACAAGCUUUUUUACGUUUUAAUGGGUCUAUUUUGUGUUUACCUUUAAAAUAUUGCGAGUUUACAUUUUCAGUACCAAUUAUUUUACAUUGGAUAUGUGUUGUAUUUUGGUUUGCUUGUUUGUUUUAGCACCCCAUCUUUAGAAUUACCAUACUUGUCCACUGGGGGCAGUAGAGAGAACAAUUUCAUAAUUAAAUUGCCUUAAGUAAUUGUUGCCCUCUGCCACAAAUUAACUUUUACUAUUCUAAACUAAUGUAAUACCAAAUAGAGUCUAUAGAGUUUACAAGGAAUAUUAUUCCAAUGGCUUUUAUAGAACAUGUAUAUUCUUUCUGUGGAUGAACUGUGUUGUCCUUGAACUGAGUUUGUUUACAGUGUUCGACUUGAGCAGUAUCUCAAACUCUGACUGUGUUCAGCUGUGUUACUGUGUUGGUCUGUUGCCAGACAGUUGUUGUGGAGGUCUUUUUUCGUCUUUUAAGAAUCCACACCAAAGAAAAAGCUGAAAGGAGCCCCUCUUCUAAUAAUCUAAAAAAGGGAACCUUUUUUUUUUUUUUUUUUUUUU